GUUUUCUAAUGAGAUAAUAUAUUUUUAGUGAAAUAUUACUAAAAAAAAAUGGCUGACCGUCCCGAAGGAAAUGAAAACGUGAAAGAAAUUAAAAGUAGUAUUGCGAAAAAAUAUGAUGCAGGAAUGGAGUCGGCUGUUCUUACUUGGAUAGCAGGUGUUUUGGGAGAUACUGGAUUGUUUGCUGGUGUACGGGGAUCUGACGCUGUUCGUGAGAAACUCAAAGACGGGGUUAUUCUGUGCGACUUGAUGAACAAAAUAAAACCUGGAUCGAUAAAAAAGAUUAACAAAUCAAAGAUGCCCUUUCUCCAAAUGGAAAAUAUAGGCUUCUUCAACAAUGCUAUGCGAGAAUACCGUGUUGAACCAAGUUAUCUUUUUGUUACUACGGACCUCUAUGAAGGUCAAAAUAUGGUACAAGUUUUGAUUGGCUUACGUGCUCUUGGUACUAUGGCGACGAAGAAUGGUAUAAAGCCUGCCAUUACCAUAUAGGCACAUCAAUAUGAGGUAUAUUACGGAAAUAAACGCCCGUCAACACCCGUCAUAGGCAGGGCGUUAAUUAAUUCAACCUGUCACGGCAUGUGAACAUGCUGGCCACUUCUAUA